CGUGCUCCUCCUCCACCCCUUCCGCUUCCAGGCUGCCUUCCGUCGCCUCUGCAAGACUGCAACUGCAUCCGCGACCCACGCCCCAAACCCUAGCCCCCUCCACCGCCACCGCCAUGACCGACCCAUCCGCUGCCGCCGCGGAGGUCGGGGCGCACGCAUCGCUGCCCCCGCCGGCCGCCGAGGAGGCCGAUUCCGCAGCGGCGGAGGAGGCUGCGGCGACCGCGAAGAGGUGGCCCGGAUGGCCCGGGGACAGCGUGUUCCGGCUGGUGGUGCCGGUGCUGAAGGUCGGGAGCAUCAUCGGGCGGAAGGGCGAGCUCAUCAAGCGCCUCGUCGAGGAAACCAAGGCCAGGGUCCGCGUCCUCGAGGGCCCCGUCGGCGCCACCGAGCGCAUUGUUUUGGUGUCCGGAAAAGAAGACCCAAGCUUGGAGCUGCCUCCAGCUACUGAUGCUCUGAUGAGAGUUUUUAAACGUGUCAAUGGAAUAGCAGACGGAGCUGCUGAGGGUACUCAGGCAGCUGCUGCACCCAGUGUAUGUGCUGCCCGAUUGUUGGUUCCUGGGGCUCAAGCAAUUAACCUAAUUGGGAAGCAAGGUGCCACAAUCAAGGCAAUCCAGGAGGGCACGGGUGCUACAAUACGGGUUAUAUCAGUAGAUGAACGAGAGCGACCGUUCUAUGUAACUGAAGAUGAAAGGAUAGUUGAGAUACAAGGUGAAACAGAGAGAGUUGUAAAAGCACUUCAAGCAGUUUCUAACCAUCUGCGGAAAUUUUUGGUUGACCAUAGUGUGCUUCCAUUAUUUGAAAAGACUAAUACUACGGUGAGUCAAGACCAUGGUGGUGAUGGUUGGAGUGAUAUGUCACAUCCUUCAAUUGGUUCUACACAAGUAAACCAACCACCUUCGGUAGUUGAUGAAUAUAUUCUUCCGGUGAAGAGGGAUCUCUUGUUUCUUGAACGAGAACAUUUGGUAGAUCAUAACAUUCAUCGCUCAGGCGUAUCACUUUAUGGGCGGGAUCCUGCCUUGUCAACAUUACGACCCCCUGGGAUACAUGGUGCUGGCCAUCUACUUACACAGAUAACUCAGACCAUGCAGAUCCCACUUACAUAUGCAGAAGACAUUAUAGGAGUUAAAGGAGCAAACAUUGCAUACAUACGAGCUAAUAGUGGGGCUGUUGUCACAAUUCAGGAGAGUUUGGGUAGCCCUGAUGAUAUUACUGUUGAAAUAAAGGGGACAUCGUCGCAGGUACAAGCUGCCCAACAGCUCAUCCAGGACUCGUUGGCUGCACACAGAGAACCUGUCAGGAGCAGCUAUGUAGGGGCAGGAUUAGAUCCAGUGUAUAGGUCCAGCUACUCACAGUAUGGCAGCUCCACCUAUCCAUCGUCAUCGCUGCCAUCUUAUUCUAGCAUCGAUGAUGGUAGAUAUCCGUCUUCAGGUCUGGGCGGGUAUGGGUCGAGUUACCGGUACUAGUAGCAGCUAAUCGUUAGGCUUGAAUGCUUGAUGCUACCUUGUACCGUGCCUGCAUGACCAUUAUACAAGUCACCAAGUUUUCUGGUGACUUUUAGUGUGCUUGCGGGCGGGAAUCUGGUAGAUCAUAUUGUAUCCCAUGUCGUUAAGGUGACAAACAGAUGAUUUAUAGAUUUCCCCUUCUAUGGAAUUGUAACCUGAACUGGUUUUUCGUGGUUUAACGGUGCCUGUUUCUGUGAUCACUGCAAUUUGAUGAACACCAUUUUGUGUAA